CUGUCACACUUCUGUACUUGCUAAAGCCCCGACAUUUUAAAUACUGUGGUGUCUUGUUUUGUUAUGAUUCUGCUAAAAAGUAGUACAGAUGUGUGCGGAAUAACCAAACAGUGAAUGUUACUGAUUGCUGAGUGCUAAUUACUAUCAUUUGUAAAUAUCCCAACGUAAUUUCAGUACAAGCUAUAGAAGGAGACGGGGACGACCGCUCAAAGGGUCGUGUGCAGUAUGCGUAAUAUUUGUGAAACGAGGAUAUUAUGGCUGCGGGAGAAGCCAGUACAAAACCUCGUCAAGAAAAACAGUACGAUUAUCUUCUAAAAUUCCUUUUGGUCGGUGACAGCGACGUUGGAAAACAAGAAAUUCUUAGCGGUCUCGAAGACGGUGCCGCCGAAUCUCCUUUCUGUAGUGGCAGCGCCUACAAAACUACAACCAUUCUUCUUGAUGGAAAAAGAGUGAAACUCCAACUUUGGGAUACUUCUGGACAAGGCAGAUUCUGCACCAUCAUCAGAUCCUACUCCCGAGGAGCCCAAGGGAUCCUCCUAGUCUACGAUAUUACAAAUAAAUGGUCAUUUGAUGGCAUUGACCGAUGGCUCAAAGAAGUGGAAGAGCACGCACCAGGUGUGCCAAAGGUAUUGGUUGGCAACCGUCUACAUCUUGCUUUCAAUAGGCAGAUAGGAGAACGAGAAGCGGAAGCCUAUGCAGCCAAAAACCGCAUGGCUUUUUUCGAAGUCUCACCCUUAUGCGAUUUUAAUAUACGGGAAAGUUUCUCAGAACUUUCCAGGAUGGCGCUUCAUCGUAAUGGUAUGGAAAGGCUGUGGAGAUCAAAUAAAGUUCUAAGUCUACAAGAACUUGCUUGUCGUGCCAUCGUAGCUCGUACAACGGUUUAUGGUAUAGACCAACUUCCUCUACCAACAUCGAUAAAGUCUCAUCUAAAAUCGUAUGCAAUGACAACUACGUCGCAACUCCGUUAUAAUGGUAACCGUUCGAUGAGUUCCAGUAAAAGUCUGGGCUCUCAUCAUCGUAAGUUACGGUUUGUAGGAGCAAGUCAUAAUGGAUUGUCCACUCCGGGCAGUUCACCAGGCAGCAUAACUGAUUCUCGCACGAAUUGUGUGGGGCGUAAUUCUUGUGAAAUAUCCUGAGGGUAGAAUUAAGAUAGUCUCAGUUAGACAUUGUAUAAUAUAAGGAUUAUGCAGGUCGCAGUGAUUGAGAAUGUGAAGUGUAACAUACGUUGGUGUAUCGAAAUUUAAUAUUAUUUUCUAUAUUCUGUGGUAUCUGGAGGAAUCUUUUGAUCCAUGUCACACAGAUUUUGUACCAAAAAGUUGCAGGAUUGUCAAUAGCUAGUAAAAAAAGAAGUUACAAAAUUAACAAUUUCCCUACAUUCAUUUUGAAUUUUGUACUUACAAUAUUUUCUCGCAGAUUAAUGAGAGUGCGAGACUUGAAUUAUAAUUUUUGAAAUUAUGAAUCAGAAUUUUGGUGUAGCUCUAUGAGUAUCGUUCACUUUGGUGAAGUAAAAGCUAAUUCAUUAAGUUGUGGAAGUCGAAUGGGUCGGGUGAUGUAUUUGCGUACGUGUUUUAUUGUCGUUGCAGUGUAAAAUAUAGAAUCGAUUAGACAUUUUUUUUUUUGUUAGUAAAUCUUAUAUUAGGUAUAAGCAAAGCAAUAUAUUAAGUAAUUAAAUGUGAAUGAUUGGAAUCACAUGAAAUAAAUUUUAUCGAGUUGACGCUGCCAAUGUAUUAGAUGUCGCGAUAAACAUAAAAGUGGACGUCCAUUUGAAAUAAGACAAGUUUUAAGUAAAUCUUCUUGCUUUAUUGCAAUACCGCCGAAAUGUAAAAAAGUAUAAUUAUUGGUACACCACUAUUUUUCGUACGACUCGUUUAACGCGUUCAACGACGCUUCUUUAUAAAGAACAUUAAAUCUUCUCCAUCUUUUCAAUAACAUGUUUCGUGAUAAGCAAGUAUUUCUCUAACGACUGCAAUUUACACGAAAUUUACAUAACUGUAUUCCACAUUACGUCCUUUUGUUUCCAAUGACCUAUAUAAAAUUAUCAUAUUUAUUAAUACCUGUAAAUUUUUGAGUAACACAAUUUGACCAAAGUUUAUCCAUCGGUUAAUUAUUUUUUACGAAUCCAUGACGAUUUUAAUAACAUUGCAGAUAAUUCACUGGUCUUAAAAUCCAUCACAGCCAGUGUGAGUGCCUAUCAUGAGUUUGAAUCGCAAAGUAUUAUCAGCAUAAUAAAAGUUGAAGAGUAAUUGUUUGCUGCAUGCUACAAAAUACAAAGUAAACAGAAAUUGAAAUCGAAAAUUUAUAUACGAGACACAAUUCGGACCUUUAAGCAACAAUACAACUCUGUGUCCAUAAAUUAUAUUAGCACCUAACAAUAUUGUAUAAUUAUUUACUAUGAUUAAAAUGAACAUUUUCGACUAAAAAA